AUGAGGCCGGUCUUUUUUAUCUCAUCUGUCCCUCACCUACAACUUCUUCCCUUUUCUGCCCCAUCUCAUCUGCCCCAUCUCAUCUGCCCCAUCUCAUCUGCCCCAUCUCAUCUGCCCCAUCUCAUCUGCCCCCUCCCACCUGCCCCCUCCCACCUGCCCUCUCUCAUCACACAGCUGGAGGAGGAGCUUAGGGUGGAGAGGGAAAUAGCUGAAAGCACCGGGCGGGCGGCGCACGCUGAGAGUAGGCGGAGAGUUGAGGCAGAGAAUGAAGUCGGUGCACGACAACGGGAGGUGGAGCGACUGCGGAAGGAACUACAGGAUGCACUGGACAAGCAAGAAGAUGAUGAGGCGGCGUUUCAGAGUGAGAUCGCAGAGCUGGAGAAGGAGCUGCAUGCGGAAAGGAAAUUGGCUGAAAACAAUGGGCAGAUGGCGCAGGCGGAGUACGAACGUAGAGCUACAGCUGAGAUUGACGUCGCUACAUUGCAGGAGACGCUAGAUGCUGUGCUGGAGGAACAGUGGAAAAGAGAGGAAGACUUUAGGACAGAGAUUGCCAAGCUGGAGGAAAAACUCUAUGCGGAACGGGAAGCGGCUGUCGGUAUGGAGCGGAUGGCGCAUGCAGAGACCGAGUGCAGAGCCGCAGCGGAGAGGGUGGUCGCUGCACUGCGACGUGAAGUGGAGUGUCUGCGGAAGGAUCUAAGCGAGGCGCUGGACAAGCAAAUGAAUGAUGAGGAGGAGUAUCAGAGUGAGGUGGGAUCAGGGUGUGACGGGUGUGGGAUGGGUGUGGGAUGGGUUGGGGGAUGGGUGUGGGAUGGGUGUGGGAUGGGUGUGAUGGGCGUGGGAUGGGUGUGGAAUGGGUUUGGGAUGGGUGUGGGAUGGGUGUGGGAUGGGUGUGGGAUGGGUGUGGGACGGGUGUGUGAUGGGUGUGGGAUGGCUGUGGGAUGGGUGUGGGAUGGGUGUGGGAUGGGUGUGGGAUGGGUGUGUGAUGGGUGUGGGAUGGUUGUGGGAUGGGUUGGGGGAUGGGUGUGGGAUGGGUUUGGGAUGGGUGAAGGAUGGGUUGGGGGAUGGGUGUGGGAUGGGUGUGGGAUGGGUGUGAUGGGUGCGGGAUGGGUGUGGGAUGGGGAUGGGACCGUGGUGAGAUCGUGGUGGGAUUGGUAUGGGACUGGUGUGGGCUGUGAUGAUGAGGCGCCGAUGGCUCGCCUAGACGGAUGCCUUUCUCGAACGCAAGUGUGGUGGGACUUUAGGAUUAGCUGCGAGGGGGAGUUUAGGGAAACGGGAGGAGGAUGCAUUUGUCACGUGCUCCUGUCUCACUUGCUCCCUCACUGCCUUCUUCCGUUCUGGUUCUUUCCAUAUCUGAAACUUUUUCUCUCCCUUUUCCUGUCAGAUUCAGCAGAUGUCGUGCAAGAUUGUUGCACUGCAGGAGCAGAUGGAGAGGAAGAGGGAGCGGAUGAGGCUGGAUAG